CUACACACACGUAUACAGUUUCGAUGACCGAUUUUGUUAUUGGAAAUUAUCGUUUAUCUCGACCGAAAUAUAAAUGAUAACAAUGUUAUCUCUAUUAUAUAAAUCCACUUAUGUGUUCGUAGUGUUUUAUUAUGCUAUAGUACCUCUGGGCUAUCUUACCAAGUAAGUGUUAGGGUGGUGGGUGACGGAAACCGAUGAAAAAAUGAAGGGUAACAACACGAUUUUGGUCACUGGCGGUGCCGGUUACGUGGGCUCGCACACGGUGGUCGAACUGCUUAAGAAUAACUACACGGUUAUCGCUAUAGACAAUUUGGUGAACUGUUACGCCCGGGAUCACGAAAAACCGGAGGCCUUAUUACGGGUAGAGAAAAUCACUGGGGAAAAAGUCAGUUUCUACGACGUGGACAUCAGGGAUAAAGAGGCCUUAGAUAAAGUCUUUAAAAUGCACAAAAUUGACUCGGUAAUCCAUUUCGCGGCCCUAAAAGCGGUCGGAGAAUCCGUGAAAAUCCCCUUGAAGUAUUAUCAGAACAACAUCGCCGGUUCUGCGACCCUUUUCGAGGUGAUGGCCAACAACGGGGUUAAAAGUUUAGUGUUUUCAUCAUCCGCCACCGUAUACGGGAACCCGCGAUUUCUACCGAUCACCGAGGAACACCCCACCGGCCAAGGGUGCACCAACCCUUAUGGCAAAACCAAAUAUUUCGUCGAGGAAAUUUUAAAGGAUCUAUCGUUCAGCGACCCAGAAUGGAAAGUGAUUUUGCUCAGGUAUUUUAAUCCGGUGGGAGCCCACGAGUCCGGACUUAUCGGCGAGGAUCCCUCCGGUAUUCCCAACAAUUUGAUGCCGUACAUUUCCCAAGUCGCGGUAGGUCGAAGGGAGAAAUUACAAGUGUUCGGUAACGAUUAUCCUACCCACGACGGUACGGGGGUGCGGGAUUAUAUUCACAUUACGGACCUGGCUGUUGGUCACUUGAAGGCGUUGGAGAGGAUGUUGCAGCCCAGUUUCUCAUCUUGGAAGGCCUACAAUUUGGGAACGGGUCGUGGAUACUCCGUUCUGGACGUAGUAAAAGCAUUCGAAAAAGCGUCCGGGAAACAAGUGAAAUACGAAAUAGUGGGACGUAGGGCCGGCGACGUUGCCGAGUGUUACGCGGACGCCACUUUGGCCAAACGGGAAUUGAACUGGACCGCCGCCAGAGACAUCUACGCGAUGUGCAAAGACACCUGGAACUGGCAACAGAAAAAUCCUAAGGGAUUCCAUAGUUCUUAACUAACUGUAUCAACCCCAGUUUACUUUAUAAGAAGAAGAAGAAGCCCUAAUUAUUUCUGCUGUGACCCUUUUUAUUAUUUGCACGCCCUGUAUAUUUUAUGUGACUUGCCGCAGAGAUGGUUAGGCUUAAGUGAAAAAUCAACCAGAUGCAAUUAUGUAAUAAUGGGCCAUUACACGUAUGUAUUUCUUGCCUUUGGUAGGUUUACAUAUUAAUUAUUUUUAUUGAUUUAUUGUGAUUUAAAUGCAUUUAUACUUUUGGCUCUAUUUAUUUACUUAAACGGACGUUAAAUUUAAUUUUACCCAUAUAUGAAUUGUAAAUAUUUUAUUUAUUUUAUUGUACGCUCAAACUGUUCGGUUCAAGUGAAUUUAGGCAAUCAGAACCACGGAUGAAUUAUAUAUAUAUAAAUUAAUAAAAUAAUUGUUUUAAAAUGUUGAA